UCGUCAAUCUUGUGUGAACUAGAACUUUAAAUCUUCAUAUUUGUGAAAUAAUGUGCAGUAAGAUUAUAUUAUAUGCCGUUUGUGUUUUAUAUCUUGAAAUAAGCUUAGUUUCGGCAUUUGAUUUAACAAAGACACAUAUAUCAAAUCCUCGAGUAUGUAUAAUCGGGGCUGGCCUGGCGGGGCUAACUUCAGCCAAGUAUUUAAAAGAAGAAGGUAUCAAAUUCGUUGUUCUUGAAUCAACUCGAUACGUCGGCGGCACAUGGCGAUAUGACUCUAGAGUAGGCUACGAUGAAAACGGUCUACCAUUGCAUACCAGCAUGUAUAUGCAUCUGAGAACCAAUCUCCCAAAACCUACCAUGGAGCUGCGAGGUUUUCCUCUGCCAGAUGAUAUCCCUUCGUUUCCGAGCUGGAAAAUUUAUUACAACUACAUUAAAGACUACGCCAAGCAUUUCGAUUUAGAGAGAGACAUCAAGUUUCUACACAACGUAAUAUUAGUUUCUAGAGUUAAUGACAUUUGGAAGGUCAAAUAUCAAAACGUAUUAACUGGUGAGCAGUUUGAGGAUGAAUUUGACUUUGUUAUUGUCGGCACUGGACACUUCAGUAAACCAAAUAUGCCUAACAUUCCUGGAGAAGAAAAGUUUUCUGGUUCCAUUAUACACAGUCACGACUAUAGAGAACCGAUUCGUUACAAAGGUCGACGAGUGCUCGUGGUUGGCGCUGGACCAUCAGGCAUGGACAUCGCAAUAGAUGUGGCCUAUACCGCAAAAACCCUCAUUCACAGCCACCACUCUAAAAUUAACUUCCGUACGGUAUUUCCAAAGCACUAUAUUAGAAAACCCGAUGUACAGGAGUUCAAUGAAACUGGUGCUAUAUUUAAGGACGGAAGCUAUGAAGAUCUUGAUGACGUUAUAUAUUGUACAGGUUUUCAAUAUUAUUAUCCAUUUUUGGACGAAAGUUGUGGAUUGAACCUAACUCCUCAAAGUGUAACUCCUUUGUAUAAAUACAUGGUGAACAUUUAUCAACCCACAAUGUUGGUGAUGGGACUUGUCGUACGAGCUUGCCUUGUUGUGGCAUUAGACGCACAGUCCAGAUACGCAACCGCAUUAAUCAAAGGUAACUUCACAUUACCACCGAAAGAAGAGAUGUUAGAAGAAUGGCAAAAGCGAGCUGACAGUAUCAUAUCCAGAGGUCGACCUAUUUCUGAUAUACAUUUUUUAGCGGAAAAAGAAGACGAAUAUUAUGCUGAGUUAACAAAGGAGUCCGGGAUAGACAGAGUUCCACCUGUCAUGUUCAAAAUUCGAGCCAUAGACACGGAAGCAAAGUUGGAAAACCUUUAUACAUACAGGAACUACGCUUAUACGGUGAUAGAUAAUGAAAACUUUGUCCGGACGUUAGAUAAUAUAACCGAAAAUAAUAGCAAUAAUUUGUAAAUCCUUGAUAAGUUAGUGAUUAUUCAAUAAUCAAUGCAAGAAAUAUACAAAAUAUAUUACUUUGAAAAUCAUAUCAAAAGUUGACCGACAGCUGGUAUAUAGAUGGAACAUCUUCUAAUUUUUCUUUUUUAAUACAUUCAGUUCUUUUUUUAAAUUAUAGCAAUUAUUUUUGAAGGAAUUUUAAAUUAAUAAUGUGUAUAGCUUAUGCUAGGAGGAGUACACUUAAUCUACGAUUUUCUUAUCACUGUGGUUCGUAUAGAGUUGCGCGCUAGUUGUUGAGAAAUUAAGAUUUUUGUUGAUAUCGUAUCUUACGUGUAUGCUUAUCAUGUAGAUACUACUUAUCAUUUAUGUACAAAACUCCUCAUACUGCCUGCCUGCCUGCUUUUAUAACUAUAUUGCAAUGUGUCAAAUGCACAAAGCAUUCCAAUUCUGUAAGAAUUUACGUCGAUUCUCACUUUUGAAAUGUCAACCGAUUUACGGUGAUACGCCAUUUUGAUACGUGUAUACUAUAAAUUUUAUAAUUAUUAUAAUCAGUGUCGCAUAUCCCAUUCAAGCAUUUCACGCUCAUUUUCUGAGCUGACUUUUGAGUUUCUACCUCUGUUUCCUGUCAAAGAUGUGCGUGUAACUUCAAUUCUUAUUUUUUAAAAUAUAUUUUGCAGAAAAAUUGUAAAUUUUAUUUCAAAUACGUAAAUAUAUCCACAGUUGUUCU